AGAGCACCCAAACAGGAGGCAGAACUUGCCUGGAAACUUACCUAGAAAGCAAGAUUGAAGAUCUCCAACAAACCUCAGUCAUGGCAGAGAGACAGAUUCCUUUUACCUUCAUGCGCUCUCCGUCCUGGGACCCUUUCCGGGACUGGCACCAGGGCAGCAGACUCUUCGAUCAGACCUUCGGAAUGCCGCCUUUCCCCGAAGAGACGGCCACCUUUCCCAGCACACACUGGCCCGGAUACAUGCGGCCCUUCGGAUAUCCUGAUUUGGCCCCUUUGAUGCAGAUGCCCGUGGUACCCUCGGCAGCCGUGAUGCCUCAGAUGAUGCCAGCGCCCUACGGCCGGGCCCUUACCCGGCAGCUCAGCUCGGGAAUGUCAGAGAUAAAGCAGACGCAGGACUCGUGGAAGGUCAGCUUGGAUGUGAACCAUUUUGCUCCAGAGGAGCUUUGUGUCAAGACCAAAGAUGGAGUGGUGGAGAUUACUGGCCAACACCAGGAAAGAAAAGAUGAGCACGGUUUUGUGUCCAGAAGUUUCACUAGAAAAUACACUCUGCCCUCUGGUGUUGAUGGAGAGAAAAUCACCUCGUGUUUGUCUCCUGAGGGAGUUCUGACUGUUGAAGCUCCAAUGCCCAAACCUGCCAUCAUGGCCUCUGAGAUCAACAUCCCUGUGAACACAGUCAGCACAUCUGUCACGGGAAAGAGCGACAGCUCAGGAGGAGCAAAGAAACCUUGAGCUUUACAUCACACAACACAUCAUCAUCAUAUACUGUAAAGAUGGAAAAGGAACUUCCACCUCAUUUCAUACUCUUUAUUUCUCAUCUUAGUCUCCUCUCUUUCUCAUUCAUCUCUCGAUGUACUGCUUAAAUAAUAUUAAUAAAUCAGAACAGUAAAAUAGAGUACACGUGACUGCCUGAAUGUCUCAAAAGCCCUUUAGUAUUAUUACUAUAACAAUAUCACUGUACUACACUAUAAUAAAGUCAUGGCAAUAAUGCUACAAUGCAUGCAAGCAUAUUAUAUUUUCUUUAUGUAAAAUAUAAUAUUUUUAUUGGGUAAAAUAUCCCAUACGGCAAAAAAUAUGUCAUAACAAAACAUAUUUGCUGAAAUAUAUUUUGGAAUAUGUUUAAAAAAUAUAUUUUUCAAAAUUUUAUUUUUGCAUUUUUAAUGUUUUAAAAUAAUA